AUGCUCUCCUCUUUCUCCCAUCCUCGAUCUCAGUACCUACCUGGUCCGAUACUCCAUCCGAUCAUCCCUCGUCUCGCUCAACGGCUACCUCCGCAGGGAGACCCAGACGAUAAUACAAACACCAUGUCGUCCCAAGACACCAUUUCCUCCUCCGACCAUGAGGGCAACAAGACCUCGCUGCCCGAGUACACCAUGGGCGAAAAGGAGAUAAAGAGCAAUGUCCCAUUCGACCAGGAACUUGGUGAGAUGAUGACAGAGGAGGAACGUCGUGGUCACGCCAAGUUCAACCGCCUGGGUUGGAAGCGUCUUACCGUCGUGCUUAUAGUCGAGGCCAUUGCGCUAGGAAGUCUGUCGAUUCCGUCCUCGUUUGCAACUCUUGGAAUGGUCGCCGGUGUGAUCAGCAGUCUCGGUAUAGGUUUCCUCGCUAUCUACACUAGUUACGUGGUCGGUCAGGUCAAACUCAAAUUCCCCCACGUCGCCCACUAUCCCGACGCUGGCCGUUUGAUGUUUGGUCGAUUCGGAUAUGAGUUGAUCAAUGCCAUGUUGAUUUGUAUUUUGACCUUCUUGGUUGCCUCCCAUUGCCUGACCGGCACCAUUGCAUGGAUGAACAUCACCAGCAGCGGUGUUUGCUCGAUCGUAUGGACCGUCGUCUCGGCCGUCAUUCUGUUCGCUCUCGCCCUCCCUCCCAGUUUCGCCGAGGUUGCUAUCCUGGGAUACGUCGAUUUUGCAUCUAUCAUCAUGGCGAUCGGUAUUACGGUUAUCGGGACCGGUGUCCAGGCAAGCAAUGCUCCUGGUGGGCUGUCGGCUGUGAACUGGUCCGCAUGGCCAAAGGAAGGUGUUACAUUUACCGACGCCUUUAUUGCCGUCUCCAACAUCAUUUUCGCCUACAGUUUCGCCAUGUGCCAGUUCUCUUUCAUGGAUGAGAUGCACACCCCGAAGCAUUUUGUCAAGUCUAUCUGGUCUUUGGGAAUUAUAGAAAUCGUUAUUUACACCACCACCGGUGCACUGGUUUAUGCCUUUGUCGGACUAGAUGUUUCAAGCCCUGCGCUGACCUCGGCUGGUGAUCUACUUAGCAAAGUCGCCUAUGGUCUUGCGCUGCCGGUCAUUUUCAUUAGUGGUUCUAUCAACGGUACCGUCGUCGGCCGUCUCAUUCAUGGCCGCAUCUACAAGAACUCUCCGAUUCGAUUCGUUAACUCGAAGAUGGGUUGGCUUACAUGGACGGUGUUGAUUGCUGUCAUCGCCCUGGUUGCCUUUAUUAUUGCCGAAGUGAUUCCGUUCUUCUCUGAUUUGUUGUCCAUCAUGUCUGCGCUUUUUAUUUCCGGAUUCACCUUCUACUUCCCCGCCUUGAUGUGGUUUAUGUUGAUCCGAGAAGGGUCAUGGUACUCUUCCAAGAAUUUGCCGUGGGCUAUCCUCAAUGGUAUCGUAUUCAUCAUUGGUGUUAUUACGUUGGUGGGUGGCACCUAUGCAAGUAUCGCCGACAUUAUCCACAACUAUAACAAUGGCUCCAUUAAAGGCGUCUUUACAUGCGCCAGUCCUGCAUAA